GGGUUAUCAAUGUGCGUAACGUUAAUUCAAGCAAAGCUUCAGGCUACACUGAGAUCUGUGCUUCCUUUGAAAGAAAUGCGCUUGUGUCUUUGCCGUUCUCGCAGCCCGAUGCAAGCAGGUGUGUCCAGCUUUGAUUAUUUGGUGUCAGUGUUGCUAUGAGUUUUGUAAUGGAUGGGGGCAGCUUGGAGGUCCCCAGUGAGGGUUCUGUGGUAUUUAAAACCAGCCGCUCAGAGGACCUGGAUCUACACAUCCUCUGAAACGUACAGGGGUCUUCUGCUCUCUCAGAAUUGUGAGUUUUCUCUGCCUGGCUGCACAGACGGAGGGCCGCUAUUCAGCUCCAAAGCCCCCCAAGUUUGUGGGGUCAGAGUUCAGCUUGAGAUGCAGGCACUUUGGAGGCAGUUUGACCAGCUGGGCACAGAAAUGAUAGUUACAAAAUCUGGGAGGAGGAUGUUUCCAACAUUUCAGGUGAAAAUCUCUGGGAUGGACCCUUCAGCCGAGUAUGUUCUGCUCAUGGACUUCAUCCCCGUGGAUGACAAGAGAUACAGAUAUGCAUUCCACAGCUCCUCAUGGUUGGUAGCAGGGAGAGCAGAUGUUGCAGCCCCGAGCAGGAUGCAUUUCCACCCGGAUUCACCGGCCCCUGGAUCUCAGUGGAUGAAGCAGACAGUGUCAUUUGACUCUCUCAAGCUCACCAACAACUUGCUAGAUGACAAUGGACAUAUGAUUCUGAACUCCAUGCAUCGCUACCAGCCCCGCUUUCAUGUUGUGUAUGUGGACCCAACACCAAACAGUCAUUUAAACGCAUACAGGAACUUUUGUUCUUUCUCCUUCCCUGAGACACGUUUCAUGGCCGUCACCGCCUAUCAGAACCACAGGAUUACUCAGUUGAAAAUUGCAAGCAAUCCAUUUGCCAAAGGCUUCAGGACCUCAGACCCACAGGCAUGGGAGGGUACUGCAAGUUACCCUGUAGUAUCCUGUCCACCAGAUGGCAGUAGAGAGCCCCUUUCCACCAAACCUAAAGAGCAGGGAACUUGUUCAAACUCUUCAACCAGACAGAAAACGUUCUGUUGUGUGACGCUGCAGGAGUGUGAGCUGCCUCACCAUAAGGAGGACACAGUGGAGCUCAACAUGGAGAGCAAGGAUGGGAACGGCUCAAUGACUCCUGCAAAUUUCCUUAGCAUCCCUGUGUACUGGGACUAUGCUGGACCACCUCAUCAGAAUAUCAAUAAGUAAUAUAAAAUAAAUAAAAAGGUUAAGUGUCUUAAUUAGGUCCCAGGUGUCCUGCUUCUUUUCUUGUCACAUUAUUGUGUAGGCCUAUGGUAGUUAUAGAUAAAAGAUCCUUUAAACUAUUUAUUUGUCCUUUCAAAAAGUGGAGAAAUAAUACUUUACAGCUUUUAUUAUAACUUAAACAGUUA